AUGUCACAACCGGGGGCGGGGACUCGGGGUGAUGUCAAAAAAGAGGGCGGGGACUCGUGGUUUUACGGGGGCGGCGGCGGCGGGGAGCUGGAGUCGGACGCGGAUGAAACGAAGGCCUCAUCGUUGAGGGAUUGCGAUUUGUCUUAA